UCAAUAUGGACUCGAGUGGGCAAUAUGAUCAUGCCACACCACAAAUUCUUGGCCAAAUCAAGACUCCCUUCAUCGUGGCUACACUUAGAUUUAGUGUGUUUUUGUGCUUGGCGAUGUCCAUCAUGCUGCUGGUGGACAAAGUGUACAUGGCCAUCGUCGUUAGUUUCGUGAAGGUGUUUGGCCGGAAGGCCAACAAGCAAUACAAAUGGGAGGCACUACAUGAUGAUGCUGAGCUCGGAAACACCAACUACCCUAUGGUUCUUGUCCAAAUUCCCAUGUACAAUGAAAGAGAGGUGUAUCAGCUCUCAAUCGGAGCUGCAUGCGGCCUAUCGUGGCCGUCCAAUCGGAUUAUAGUUCAAGUUCUUGAUGACUCAACUGAUCCCAUCAUUAAAAAAAUGGUGCAAAUGGAAUGCGAGAGGUGGGCAAGUAAAGGGAUAAAUAUAAAGUAUGAAAUUAGAGAAAACAGAAAGGGGUAUAAAGCAGGUGCACUAAGAGAGGGAAUGAAGCACGCGUACGUGAAGAAAUGCGACUUUGUAGCAAUAUUCGAUGCAGAUUUUCAGCCAGACUCCGAUUUUCUUUGGAGAAGCGUCCCUUUUCUCAUUCAUAAUCCUCAGCUUGCCCUCGUUCAGGCUCGCUGGAAUUUUGUGAAUGCUGAUGAAUGCUUGAUGACGAGAAUGCAAGAAAUGUCGCUGGACUAUCACUUCACCGUGGAGCAAGAAGCUGGCUCAUCGACAUAUGCAUUUUUUGGCUUUAAUGGAACUGCUGGUGUGUGGAGGAUUGCAGCCCUGGAUGAGGCCGGAGGGUGGCAGGAACGGACAACGGUGGAGGAUAUGGAUUUGGCCGUGAGGGCUACCCUCAAAGGAUGGAAAUUUUUGUACCUUGGCUCAAUAAAGGUGAAAAAUGAGCUGCCUAGCACAUAUAAAGCGUACCGAAAUCAACAACAUAGGUGGUCCUGUGGCCCUGCCAAUCUCUUUAGGAAAAUGGUUGUGGAGAUUUUGAGAAAUAAGAAAGUGUGUUUGUGGAAGAAGGUGUAUGUGAUAUAUAGCUUCUUCUUCGUGAGGAAGAUCGUGGCGCAUACUGUGACGUUCGUGCUUUAUUGUGUUGUACUACCGGCUACAGCACUAGUUCCUCAAGUCGAGAUUCCAAGAUGGGGAGCAAUUUAUAUACCUUCCAUAAUCACCUUGCUUAAUGCAGUUGGAACACCAAGGUCGUUUCAUUUGGUGAUAUUUUGGAUCCUAUUUGAGAAUGUAAUGUCACUGAAUCGCACAAAAGCAAGCUUGAUGGGGUUAUUGGAGGUAGGGAGAGUGAAUGAAUGGGUUGUUACUGACAAAUUAGGGGAUGCCCACAAGUUCAAAUCUGCUGCCAAAACAUUCAAGACCAUGAAUUUUUUGAUUGCCCAAAGGUUCCACCUAUUGGAGCUAGUGACGGGAGCUUAUCUCUUAUUAUGUGGAUAUUACGGCGUCGUAUUUGGGAAAAACCAAUAUUUCGUGGUGUACCUCUUUGCUCAAGCAAUGGCCUUCUUUGUCGUGGGAUUUGGUUAUGUUGGCACAUUUGUAUCCUCUUAGCUUGCCUUUCUAUUUAUUUAUUCUUAUCCUUUCCACAUGCUUUUUAUUUCUUUGUUAUACAUUCACGUACAAACAAAUACACUCAGUUACAAUAAUGUAUUGCAAAUCUCUUUCACCCUUUA